CAAAUAAAAAACAAAUUAUUAAUAAAACCUCUAAUUAGUGAUAAUCAUGCCACAAUCUUUUAGAAAAGGAUACUAGAGAGGAUGGUGAGAUGUUAAAAAAGGGAGGGCCGUGUGUGUGUGUGUGUUAUUAAACAGGUCAUCUCUGAGGUCAUCUCUUGCUGUUUAUCUCUAAUGUUGUGAUGUCACUGAGUAUAAAAGUCACAGGGUUUUGCUUCCCAGUUUAGAGCUUUAAGGUUCUCACAAGGUACAGCUUUUUUAACUGCAUGAGUGAUGACCAAUGGAAUCAACAAAAGAGUUUUAUUGAUUAUAUACAAAAAUGCUCUAAUUCCAUUUACAGGGGGCUUUUCUAAGGCUGACCGUACCUCUCGGAAAUUCUUUGGUUCUGUUUACUUUAUCUAUUAGCUAUUUUAACAAAUUUUCACCACAUUUAGUGCAACAGUAUUUAUUGUACUUCUUUCUUUCUGUAAGCAGUAAAUGGCAGACACUAAUGGAAGCUCUGGAGAUGCUUUUGUUUACCAGAGUUUUAUUGAAGGGCAAAUGAGUUGGAUAGCUUUUAUAAAGUUGUCAGUAUUAAUUGUGGUAACUCUGUUUGCUGUGUAUGUAAACUGUGUUAUUCUUUAUGUUCUUAACAGUAAGCCUGUAUUUAAAGAAACAUCCCGCUACAUUCUUUUUGCCCAUAUGCUCUUCAAUGACACUGUUCAUCUCAUUCUCACUUUUUUCUUGUUUUUCUUUGCUGUGCUCUUCCUUAAGCUGGCUAAAGCUGUCUGUUCCAUGAUCCUAUUUUUUGAUUCUACAACAUUCUAUAUUGCACCUUUAAACCUGGCUGUGAUGUCUCUGGAACGCUAUGUGGCUAUCUGUUUUCCUCUAAGACAUACUGAAAUAGCCACUCAGAAAAGAACUGGCAUUGCUAUUAUCUUUAUUUGGUUAAUCGGCUGUGUAAAUAUUUUGAUGAACAUUAUUACUGCCAUAGUUUUGGACCCUAAUUUUUUUUCUGUGAGCAUGUUUUGUGCUUAUGAACAGUUAUAUUUGCAACUCUGGCAGCCCGAGGUAAUCAGUUGGCUUAAUGCAUUUCUUUUUGCGUCAGUAACCCUGAUAAUUGUAUUUACCUACAUCAGCAUUAUGAUCACAGCCAGGUCUGUGUCCUCCAAAAAAGACUCUGCUAAGAAAGCCCACAAGACUGUGCUGCUGCACCUCAUUCAGUUGGGCCUGUGUACAAUGUCUUUUCUAUAUGCUAUUGUAGACAGAGCACUUUAUGUAGUGACUGGCAGCGGUACCUCUCUCUAUUUACAUGUGCAAUAUGUGAACUUUCUCCUCCUACUGAUUCUGCCUCGCUGUCUGAGCCCUCUUAUCUAUGGGCUGAGAGACGAUGCUAUUAGACCUUUAUUUAAACAUUAUUUCUGUCCCUGCUUUAGAAAAUUCAGCACUGCUGUGAAUGCGCAAUAAAUGUAUUAUUUAUAAUAUAUUUCUGUGAAUGUGUGAUCUUUUGCAAACAUUGUCAACUACAUGCUUGGCUCAUUGUGCUAGUAUUCUCAUUAUUUGUAUUUUGUUAAUAUUUUAGACAAUGCCUAAUUGGUUAUGAAAUGCAGUAGUGUAAUUUUUUGUAUUUUUUUGUAUUGAGCAAAAUAUCAACCAAAAAAAAUCAACCACAAGAUCAUGGAGGAUUUGAAAUAACAGUUCUAUAGAGGAUAACUGUUUAUAAAUGAAAUUAAAUGAUAAUUUAAAAUAUGUUCUUUAUAUUUACUCAGGUUUAUUUUGUCUGAUUUAAAAUGUAUUUGUUAAUAUGAAAAAUGUAAAUAUGAUAAAAAGCAAAAACGAAAGAAAUCUGCAGGGAAGCAAAUACUUUUUACAGAACUGUACAUCCCUAUUGUAUCACAAGGCUUGGCUUACUAAGUGAUUGGAUUUUGUUAUUAGAUUGUUGUAACAAAAUAUUGAAAAAAAUCAUCUUCUGCAAUUUAACC